AUGGCUUACAGACGCUACGAUUCGACCGUCGUCGCCACAUCGCCUCUUGUCGAUGCAGACGCGUUCCGCGCGCCUUCAGAACGCACUGCCAUGGCAGCAUCGUCGGCAUCACCCCUCGACGAGGCGCGCGAGAAGCAUGCCUCGCGCCGUCUGCCCACCUGGUUCGCAUACCCUCUGUCCAUCAUCCUGAGCCCGGCUCUCAGCGCCCUGCUGUACAGCUUUGUGCCAGACAUCAUGGGCGCCCCGCUUGCUGCUGUGAGCCGCAGCUUGAACGAGCCCUGGCAAAUUGGUGCUCUGCUUGCUUGGAGACUGCUUGAGAUUACUCUUGGCUGGUACUGCCGCCUUGAUCACUUUGACUUUGUCCAACUCGCCGGCAUGGCCAACGCCCCCUACUACACCCUCUUGUACCUCUUCUUCGGCAUUGGCUUCGAGCCUGUUGCUCUGGCUCUCGUCAUUGACAUGUUCUCGUUGUGGUUUCCCUUCUGGCUCUUACGCCCUCUCAACUACCACAACAACCUGCGCACCCUGACAACUCCUGGUACCAUCAAGGAUUUGGCUGUCGACAAGACCAUCCAAAUGUACAUGACCGCUUUCGCUGCUUCCAUUUACUCGGCCCUUGUCUACCUCAGUCUGGCCUCAUGGUUGCCCGUCUUUUUGAUCAACACCUUCGAAGAGGUCUUUACCCUCGACUUUGCUCACAACGCCGUCUUCCCUGUUGUCUUUGCUGCCUGCUUGCCCAUUGGUUGGGCUGCCAAGGACUUCCUUUUCAGCACUUCCAUCGUCUAUGCUCGUGCAUUGCCUUCCGAGUACAAGCAGUUCGACCCAAAGACUGCCUCUUUCGCAGACACUCUGAUGUGGAACCUGGGCGUUGACCAGUAUUCCACCAGAGAAAGUGUGCUGUUCAGACGCACCUUCUUGCUCGCUGUCUUUACUGCCAUCCACUCCUUCAUCAGGGUGUUUGCUACCGUCGAGGGUGCCACAAUCUAUGGAGCCGCUGGUUGGUCUGCCCUGUGGAGUAUCGCUGCACUUGCAACUGGUACGGGCUUCCUCUACAUCGGUGACGCCUGA